CACCUCCCUUUACCCAAACUGCUUUCCUAUGGUCUGUCCCAGAGAGAGAGAGAAGCUCUGUUUGUGUGUGACCACAGAGGGCCGCUUCUGUUGCUGCACUUUUUUCACCCGGCAUCAGAUGCAGAUAUGUGUGAAAAAGAAGUUAAAGAGAGCGCCUGUCUGUGUUCCAGCUCGUCCGAAUAAGUUUAACGUGGUGAGAGGUCACAUCGUCUUUGCCCUCUGGAUGUGCAACUUAUCUUUCUGACAGUUCAUGUGUUUUAGUUCUGAGAGUUGUGACCAAGACAGAAGAACAGAGAUGAGGAUGAUUUGUUUGGAAAGGAGCUAAAGACGAUUUUGGGAUACAGUACAGAAAGUUGAUAGAAAGUUUGGAUUUAAAAUGAACCCGAUUCGGAAAGACAUGGAGCUGCUGAGUAACAGCAUGGCCACUUAUGCCCAUAUCAAAGCCAACAUGGAAAGCUUUGCGCUGUACUUCAUGCUGGGGGUAUGUUCUGGUCUUCUCCUGGCUUUGGUCCUUCUCAUAUUGGGCAUCACCUGCAGGCCACGGUCAAAGGUGAAGACACCCGACAAGAGACACCUUAAAGAGUCCAGGGAGGAAGAGGAGGAAAAGCAAGAAGACAGUGAGGAACUGGACGAUGAAGAUUUAGAGCUCCCCACGGUUACUGUGAGCCCCGCCGCGAGCGAUCAGAGUCAGCUGACUGGGACUAUCAAAAGCAUCAAUGUGUUUACUUCUGCAGAGGAGCUGGAGAGAGCCAGGAGACUGGAGGAGAGAGAGAGAAUCGUUCGGGAGAUCUGGAGAAACGGACAGCCGGAUAUUCUGGUCACAGGCACGGGAACGCUGACCCGAGUUCACUACCAUUAGAUUGUUUUAAGGGGAACUUGUGUGAAAUGUACCUCCAUGUUUUUUACAUGAUUUGCAUAUUACUGUGGAGGUUUCUGUGGUCAGUUUCAUAAGCACGUGUCAUCUGAAUAAUUUGGAGAUUUUAAAGGGACAGUUCACCCAAAAAUGAAAAUUCUGUCAUCAUUUUCGCAUCCUCAUGUUGUUCUAAACCUGUUUGAAUUUCUUCUUUCUGAUGAACAUAAAAGAAGAUAUUUUGAUAAAUGAUGGUAAACACAAAGCUGAUGGUAACCCUUGACUUACAGUAGGAAAAACAAAUAUGAUGGAAUUCAAUGGGUACUGUCAACUGUGCUUCUUACCAUCAUUAAUAUCUUCAUCGUUUAUCACAAUACUUCCAAAAUAUUUGUUUUCCUACUAUGGAAGUCAACGGUUACCAUCAGCUCUGUGUUUACCAUCAUUUAUCAAAAUUCAUACAGGUUUAGAAAAACAUUAGAAUGAGAAAAUGAUGACAGAAUUUUCAUUUUUGGGUGAACUUUCCCUUUAAUGUUGCAUUUAAGAUCCAUACAGGUUUGUAUAUAUAUUUUAAUUAGGGCUGUCGAAAGAUUAAUCGCAAUUAAUCACAUACAAAAUAAAAGGUUUUGGGCAUAAUAUAGCCUAUGUGUGUACACUGUGUGUAAUUAUUUUGUAUAUAUAAAUACACAUACAAGCAUGCAUCUAUUUCAGAAACAUUUACAUUCAUAUAUUUAUUUUUAUAUUAUAUAUACAUUUUUAAAAAUUAUACAUAAACUUUUACUUAAAUUUAUACAUGUAUGUGUGUAUUUAUAUAUACGUAAUAUUACACACAAUACACAAACAUAUAUUACACAAACUUUUAUUUUGUAUGCGAUUAAUCUUUUGACAGCCCUAAUUUUAAUACACAUUUAAUUUUUAAUAAUAUUUGUUUAUAUAUUUUAAAUGCUUUUGUAUUUUCUAUGUAUUUUUGAAAUAUGCAUCUAUAGCAUUUUUUUACUGAUUUUACUUCUGGUCCACAUGUUACACCAAAAAGAGUGUGAAGCACAAAGCAUUGUGGGAUACAAUACAAAUUUUUCUCCACUCUUUAUGACACAACAAAUAUCAUUCAGGUCACAUGACUACAAAAUUUCACAUAUGUACUGUACAGUAUACAUACGACAUAAUAUUAAAGGGGACAUUUCACAAGACUUUUUAAAGGGGACAGAGAAUGAAAAACAUGUUUACCUUGUCUUUGUUGAAUAAUGGUAGUCUACCUGCAUUCACGAACAUACAAAAAGCUCUAGACAUGCUAAACAUCUCAGUCUCAUAGAAAUUUCUCUUUUAGAAAUGUCAGCCAGAAAACGGCCCAAUCUGAAAAACUGAUGCUUAUGACAUCACAGGCAUCUCACUGCCCCUCCACUUUAAAAUAAUUGGCUUCAUUUUUUGAGUGGCAGCAAAGUCAGCCAAUCAAUAAUGAGAUUGCAAGUUAAGCCAGUAGGGGGAGCCAAAUAGGUGCAAAACCACUUGUUUAAAAUCCCCCACACUAAUAGAGCUUUCUGAGAGAGGUUUUUAGAAAGCUUCUGAGGCAUUACAGACCCAAACAAAACAUUUUUGUCUACAUGUCACAUCACAGAACAAGGAUAAAUACCCCCUUCAAUCAUUCUAUGUCACCUUAAAAGAUUUCAAAUAAAUCUUUGGUUUCCCAGAGUACAUAUGUAAAGUUUAGCUCAAUACACAAAAGAUUAUUUAUUAUAGCAUGUUAAAAUUGGCACUUAUUAGGUGUAAGAAAAAAUGGGCCGUUUUUGGGUGUGUCCUUUAAAAUGCAAAUGAGCUGAUCUCUGGAUCUGACAUCACAAGGGGAGGCAAAUUUCAAUGACCUAUUUCUUCACAUAUUGCAGAGGAUGGUUUAUCAAAACUAAGUUACUGAUCUUUUUUUUACAUUUUCUAGGUUGAUAGAAGCACUGGCGACCCAAUGAUAGCACUUAAACAUAAAAGUCAGAUUUUCAUGAUAUGUCCUCUUUAAAAAACAAAGGUACUUCAAGAAUCUUGAUGGUAUAGAUGAUACAUUUUUGUUUGGAUGGUUCCAUACAAAGCCUUUGAAAUCCGAAGAACCUUUCAGUUUAAAAAAAAAUUAUUUUAAAAGGUACCCAGACAGCAGACAACUCCAGGACGGAUCUGGGACAAAGUCAGCGGAUCAGGUGGC